AUGCGUUCUCAGACUCUCCUAGCCGCCGUUGUAGCGUGCGUCUCUGUCGCCUCCGCAGCCCCUGUGACGACCGAGGCUUACGGACCGCCCGUCAACCCUCAUAUCCCGGCGGUCGAGUCCAAGAGAGAUACAGUCGAGGCUUACGGACCUCCAGUCAACCCUCACAUCCCCGCUGUUGAAGUAAAGCGCGAGACGGUCGAGGCUUAUGGUCCUCCCGUCAACCCUCAUAUCAUUUCGAAGAAGGAUACAGUCGAGGCUUACGGACCUCCAGUCAACCCUCACAUCCCCGCUGUUGAAGUAAAGCGCGAGACGGUCGAGGCUUAUGGUCCUCCCGUCAACCCUCAUAUCAUUUCGAAGAAGGAUACAGUCGAGGCUUACGGACCUCCAGUCAACCCUCACAUCCCCGCUGUUGAAGUAAAGCGCGAGACAGUUGAGGCUUACGGACCGCCUGUCAACCCUCACAUUCCAGCCGUCGAGUCUAAGAGAGACACAGUGGAGGCCUACGGUCCUCCUACCAGCCCCCACAUCAUUUCAAAGGAGUGA